UAAAUGCUUCUAUUUUAAUUUUUUCCAACAAACCAACUUGAUCGGCACUAAAUACCUAGGUACACUAGUAGCUGCUCGUUUUCACCCGUUACGUCCAAACUCCAAGUUUCGAUUACCUACGCGUAACCAUUAUAGGAGCAAAGAGAACACCGCGUUCGUGCUUUCAUAAAACAAAACCUAUAUAGGUUGGUUCAAGUGGUCAAUAGGUUACUACACAAAACCCGGUCGCGCCGACCAUGUCAUUGUGACAACGAUGAUAAAAUGUAAUAACAUAGUACAAUAUUAUUAUAAUCAUAGAAAUUUAUUGACAAAGUCCAUACCGGAAUAGGCCGGCAAUGGGCGUGAUAAAGUUAAGUUUACUUUAUUGUGGGAAUUGUACUAUAAAAAACUGUUAGGUUAGAUAGUCAGUUGUAUUAUAGAUAGUCGACCGUCGAUACGUCACUCACGUGACUCUGUCAUUUUACCAUUUCAGCUCGCUAUAAUAUUAUCUCCGGAUUGUCGAUCUCGAUUUUUGAUUCUCGUUACUUGUGUAUGGUUUCGCCCAUGUCGUGUCUAUUGCAUAGCUUUGAACCUCCGACUUAGUGUCUACCCGCCGUAGUACCUGUACCUACGUUGGUAUUAUUCGAAGGAAGUAUGGCUCCCAACAGUUUACACAAUUUGAAAAAGCGAAAGCGACCAGCACCGCCUGUGAAUCUCGAAGACGAAAAUUACAUUGAUGAGGAUCAAAUCAAAGUGGGAUCUAAUUACCAGGCUGACAUCCCAGAGAUUUUAUCACGCCCAGAAAACAAGCAUAAACAGCGUCCAAAAUCACUUAAACUUUGGUUUCCACCCAAAAAAAUCUCAGAAGUCCAAUUAAAUGAUUACAUAUUGCUUUCAAAAAAUAAAUAUGGUUAUGAUACUGAACAGUGUUUGGGCUUGCUGUACUGGAAUAAACACAACUUGGAAAAGUCUAUUCGUGAUCUAUCAAAUUUUUCACCCCAUCCAAACUGGUCAAUUCAUGAGAAGUCUAAUUUUGAAUCUGCCUUUAACAAGUUUGGGAAGGAUUUUGUACAGAUUAAUAAAAUGCUUCCUGAUAAAUCAUUAAAAUCAAUAAUAUGUUAUUAUUAUUCGUGGAAAAAAAAGAAAACUGAGGGGUGGACUAUUAAACAAGUCAAUAAAUUAGAACAUAUUUGUGCAAAUAGGAUUCAGAAUGGGCGUAGUGAUAAAUCUAGUCCAGCAAAAUCUGAGCCUGAUAACAUGGCUUUCACCAUCACAAGACAAGUAUGUUAAUACUGAUCUUAUAUUAAUGAUGAUCUUCAAUCUAUUUCAUCUGGAUCAAAUAGUCAAGGAAAAACUAUUUUAUCAGCAAUGGGGGACGAGAUACAUUCCAACAACAAAACUAUUGGACAUGUACAUAAGAAGAUUAAACUAGAUGAUAUUGUAUAUAGAAACAGUGCACCCACUACAAGUUUCAUUUUUCCUUGUUGUUGGAACAAUGGUGGAAUUUUUCAUGAUAUACAAGAUAAAAUUAAGGGGAUGUUUACCAUUUUAACAACUAAAUUCUCAAGAAUUAUUAGAUAAUCACAAGGAAGCACAUACAAUGUUACUGUGGCUUAAUGUUUUAUUAUUUUUAAUUUUUUUUAUUAUUUUAAUUGCUGUUCAACUAUUAAUUAUUAUAUAAAUAAAGAUACGUUUAUAAUUUAUAUUAAAAUAAAAAUAUUGAAUUAUGGAUUGUGCUUAUUAUCUUUGUUGAUGUGUAACUAGUAUUUCUUAAACCAUUUUCUUUAAGUCUAAUAUUGUGCAAUGCACAGUUCACAAUCUACAUGCUGCAGUAUUAGGUGUAAUGUUAAACAGUAGUUUUUUUUUUCAAACCAUGUUGGUUGAAUAUAUUUUUUAGGUAUAAACUUAUAAACUUAAAAAUUUAAACGUCAUAAUAUUACCUUUGAGUGUA